ACCCCACCGCACCCCACCCACGCGCCGCUCACCCGCCCGCAACAGUUGGGGCUCGGACGGACCCGUCGGGAGGAAACUUUCCCUCCCCACCCUCCUUUCGUUUUCCCCCGUCUCUCCCGGGGAGCCUGCCCCAGCUGGGAUUUGAGCUACGCCUGCAGCCGCGGGGGGAUCCGAGCCGAGUUUGCAGUCGGGGGGAUCCGAGCUACGCUGGCAGCCGACGGGAUCCGAACUGAGCUGGCAGCAGGAGGGAUCCGAGCUGCGCUGGCAGCAGGAGGGAUCCGAGCUACGCUGGCAGCCGGCGGGAUCUCAACUGAGCUUGCAGUAGGAGGGAUCCGAGCUACGCUGGCAGCCGGCGGGAUCUGAACUAAGGUUGCAGUAGGAGGGAUCCCAGCUAGGCUGGCAGCCGGCGGGAUCUGAACUGAGAUUGCAGUGGGAGGGAUCCGAGCUACGCUGGCAGCCGGCGGGAUCUGAACUGAACUUGCAGGAGGGAUCCGACCUACGAUUGCAACCGGCGGGAUCCGACCUGAGCUUGCAGGAGGAGGGAUCCGAGCUGAGUUUGCAGUCGGAGGGAUUUGAGCUAAGCUUGCAGCCGGCGGGAUCUGAACUAAGCUUGCAGGAGGAGGGAUCCGAGCUGAGUUUGCAGUCGGAGGGAUUUGAGCUAAGCUUGCAGCCGGCGGGAUCUGAACUAAGCUUGCAGGAGGAGGGAUCCGAGCUGAGUUUGCAGCCGGCGGGAUCCGAACUGAGCUUGCAGGAGGAGGGAUCCGAGCUACACUUGCAGGCGGCGAGAUCAGAACCGACCUUACAGUAGGAGGGAUUCGAGCUACGCUUGCAGCCGGCGGGAUCUGAACUAAGGUUGCAGUAGGAGGGAUCCGAGCUGACUUUGCAGCCGGCGGGAUCUGAACUAAGGUUGCAGCAGGAGGGAUCGGAGCUGAGAUUGCAGCAGGAGGGAUCUGAAUUGAGCUUGCAAUAAGAGGGAUCCGAGCCGAAUCUGCAGUAGGAGGGAUCCGAGCUGAGCGUGCAGUAGGAGGGAUCCGAACUAAACUUGCAAUAAGAGGGUCGGAGCUGAGCUUGCAGUAGGAGGGAUCGGAGCCGACUUGCAGCGGGAGGGCUCCGAACUGAGCUUGCAAUAAGAGGGAUCGGAGCCGAGCUUGCAAUAAGAGGGAUCGGAGCCGAGCUUGCAAUAAGAGGGAUCGGAGCCGAGCUUGCAAUAAGAGGGAUCGGAGCCGAGCUUGCAGCGGGAGGGCUCCGAACUGAGCUUGCAAUAAGAGGGAUCGGAGCCGAGCUUGCAAUAAGAGGGGUCGGAGCCGAGCUUGCAGCGGGAGGGCUCCGAACUGAGCUUGCAAUAAGAGGGAUCGGAGCCGAGCUUGCAAUAAGAGGGAUCGGAGUCGAGCUUGCAAUAAGAGGGAGCGGAGCCGAGCUUGCAAUAAGAAGGAUCGGAGCCGAGCUUGCACUGGGAGGGCUCCGAACUGAGCUUGCAAUAAGAGGGAUCGGAGUCGAGCUCGCGAUAAGAGGGAUCGGAGCCGAGCGUGCGGCGGGGGAGGAUGCACCCGUGGUUGGUGUUGGUGUCGGUGGUGCUCCUGGGCUGGGGCGGCCGGGCGCUGGUCUGCCUGCCCUGCGACGAGUCCAAGUGCGAGGAGCCGAAGAGCUGCCCGGGCAGCACGGUGCAGGGCGUGUGCGGCUGCUGCUACACGUGCGCCCGCCAGAGGAACGAGACCUGCGGAGGCGUCUACGGGCUGCACGGGGCCUGCGACCGCGGCCUGCGCUGUGUCAUCCGACCGCCCCUCAACGGGGACUCCAUCACCGAGUACGAAGUGGGCGUCUGCGAAGAUGAAAACUGGGAUGAUGACCAGCUGCUUGGAUUUGAACCAUGCAAUGAAAACCUCAUCACAGGUUGCAAUAUAAUCAACGGCAAGUGUGAAUGUGACACCAUUCGGACCUGCAAUAAUCCCUUCGAGUUUCCCAGGCAGGAUGCGUGUCUCUCAGCUCUAAAGAGGAUUGAGGAAGAGAAGCCAGACUGCUCCAAAGCCCGCUGUGAAGUCCAGUUUUCUCCCCGAUGCCCGGAGGACUCCAUUCUCAUCGAGGGCUACGCCCCACCCGGCGAAUGCUGUCCGUUACCGAGCCGUUGCGUGUGCAACCCGGCAGGCUGCUUGAGGAAAGUUUGCCAACCCGGCUACCUGAACAUCUUGGUGUCGAAAGCAUCAGGGAAGCCGGGAGAGUGCUGUGACCUCUAUGAAUGCAAACCAGUUUUCAGUGUCGACUGCAGCACGGUGGAGUGUCCGUCCAUCCAGCAGGUUGUUUGCCCCCUGGAUAGCUACGAAACCCAAGUUAGACUGACAGCGGAUGGCUGCUGCGCCCUCCCAACGAGAUGCGAAUGUCUCUCUGGCUUAUGUGGUUUCCCCAUGUGCGAGGUCGGCUCCAUCCCUCGCGUCGUCUCUCGUGGAGACGGAACACCCGGAAAAUGCUGUGAUGUCUUUGAAUGUGUAAAUGAAACAAAACCAGCUUGCGUAUUUAACAGCGUGGAGUAUUAUGAUGGGGACGUGUUUCGAAUGGAUGCUUGUCGCUUCUGCCGAUGCCAAGGAGGUGUUUCCAUUUGUUUCUCCGCGCAGUGUGGCGAGCUGAACUGCGACAGAUACUACGUUCCAGAAGGAGAGUGUUGUCCCGUAUGCAAAGAUCCAGUGUACCCAUUUAACAAUACUGCCGGCUGCUAUGCCAAUGGUCAGAUCCGAGCGCAUGGUGACCGCUGGAGGGAAGAUGACUGCACUUUUUGCCAGUGUAGCAAUGGAGAACCCCAUUGUGUCGCCACGGCCUGCGGACAGAGCUGCCUGAACCCCGUUAAAGUGCCUGGCGAAUGCUGUCCAGUGUGUGAAGAACCGACGUACAUCACGAUUGAUCCUCCCGCGUGUGAGGCCAUUUCCAACUGCACUCUGACUGAAAAGGAUUGCAUUUACGGUUUCCGACUGGAUCACAAUGGUUGCCGGAUCUGCCAAUGCAGAAACCGGGAGGAGCUGUGUACUGGACUCAUAUUAGGUUGUACCCUGGAUUGUCCCUUCGGUUUCCAGACAGAUGCCCACAACUGCGAGAUCUGCCAGUGUCGACCACGGCCGAAGAAAUGCAGACCCAUAAUAUGCGACAAGCAUUGUCCAUUUGGAUACUUGAAGAGCAAGCACGGCUGUGACCUCUGCCGCUGUCAGAAAUGCCCAGAGCUACCCUGCAGUAAAGUGUGUCCAGCGGGCCUCCAGCUGGAUAGCCAUGGUUGCCCGAUGUGCAAGUGCCGAGAGACCCCAACUUCUUCAGCAGGCCCACCGGUUCAGACUGGCACCUGCCUCUCUAUGGAUGGCCGCCACCACAAAAACGAGGAGAGCUGGCACGACGGUUGCCGCGAGUGCUACUGCCACAAUGGACGGGAGAUGUGCGCCUUGAUCACCUGUCCGGUCCCAGGCUGCAGCAACCCCACCAUUCACUCCGGACAGUGUUGUCCGUCUUGUUCAGAUGACCUGAUUGUCCAAAAGCCAGAGCUCAGCAGUACGUCCAUAUGCCACGCGCCUGGAGGAGAGUACUUUGUGGAAGGAGAAACCUGGAAUAUCGACUCCUGCACCCAGUGUACAUGCCACAGCGGGCGUGUUCUCUGUGAAACCGAAGUCUGCCCGCCUCUACUCUGCCAAAAUCCCUCCCGCACCCAGGACUCCUGCUGCCCUCAGUGUUCAGAUGAACCUCUUCAGCCUUCCUCUUCAAAUAAUGAGAGCAUGCCUAGUUACUGCAAAAAUGAUGAAGGGGACAUUUUCCUGGCAGCAGAGUCCUGGAAACCUGAUGUUUGCACCAGCUGCAUAUGCAUGGAUGGCAUGAUUAGCUGUUAUUCUGAGUCUUGCCCACCAGCCUCGUGUGAGAGACCUGUCUUGAGAAAGGGCCAGUGUUGUCCCUACUGCAUAGAAGAUACGAUGCCGAAGAAGGUGGUGUGUCACUUCAGUGGGAAGACGUACGCCGACGAGGAGCGGUGGGACAUAGACAGCUGCACUCACUGCUACUGCUUGCAGGGCCAGACGCUGUGCUCGACGGUCAGCUGCCCGCCUCUGCCCUGUACCGAGCCCAUCAACGUCGAGGGAAGUUGCUGCCCCAUGUGUCCAGAGAUGUAUAUACCCGAGCCCACCAAUAUCCCCAUUGAGAAGACUAACCAACGUGGAGAGAUUGAACUGCAAGUACCGAUUUGGCCCAGCCCCAGCGAAAACGAAAUCGGCCACCUCCCCCGAGAUAUGGCUCACCUUCAGGUGGGCUACAGAGAUAGUGAACCACACCUAAAUGAAGAUACUUCUUUUGACUCUGUUGCCUGGGUUACGGUCCCAGUAGUGAUCGCCCUGAUCCUUAUAAUUGCCCUCCUGCUAAUCAAUCGGAAAAAACAGUGGAUACCGGUACCCUGCUAUAGAACACCCACUAAGCCUUCAUGCCUCAACAAUCAGCUGGUGUAUGUGGAUUGCAAGAAAGGAACCAUGGUGCAAGUGGAUAGUUCCCAGAGAAUGCUAAGAAUCGCUGACCCGGAUGCAAGAUUCAGUGGCUUCUACAGCAUGCAAAAACAGAACAACCUACAGGCAGAUAAUUUCUAUCAGACAGUGUGAAGAACUGCGGCUCGGCGAGGUUUCGAGAGACAGAAAGAGACUGACUCUGCUAUUAAAAUUAAACUAGAAUUUGUGCACUUGCUUAGUGGAUUGUAUUGGAUUUGUGACUUCAUGUACAGCUCUAAGACUUUCCUGGGAUGGGCUCUGUCUUUACCGCAAUGUGCCAGAACAAGCAUUCCCACUCUUCCUCACGAUAACUGACCAAGUGUUUUCUUAGAACCAAAGUUUUCAAAGUCGUUA